ACAACCACAACCACAACCACAACCACAACCACAACCAAUGCACCAUACGCUCCUCCAGCAGAAGCAGCGAUGAGCAGUAAUACCCUCAACGACGAAUUCUUCGGCGGCGAGAAGGCCAGCGGCCUGCAGACGUUCGAUGCAUUCCCCAAAACCCGCCAAACCUACCGCGUCCCCUCCUCGCGCGGCGGGGCACUGACGGUGGUGCUCUCGCUGCUGUGCAUCUACCUGACAUGGCACGAGCUUUUGCAGCACCUGGACGGGACCGAGACGCAGUCGUUCGGCGUCGAGCACACGAUCGGCCACAGCAUGCAGAUCAACCUCGACAUCACGGUGGCAAUGGCGUGCGACGCGCUGCACAUUAACGUGCAGGACGCCGCGCUCGACCGUGUCCUCGCCGGGGAGAUCCUUAAGAAGGAGAGCACGUCGUUUGACGACACCAGCGCUCACCGCCUCGUCGCUAUUGGCGACCGCCCGGAUCAUGUAUACGACGUGAUGGCGAGAGCGAAGAAGUCGAAGUUUGGGAAGAGCAGGCGCCGCCCCGCCGCUUGGCUGUCGAGGGAGGACCGCAGCAGCUGCAGGAUUUACGGCAGCAUGGAUGUCAACCGUGUGCGCGGCGACUUCCAUAUCACGGCGAAGGGCCACGGGUACGAGACGGCGGGUGGGCAUAUCGACCACAACACGUUCAACUUCUCGCACGUGGUCAAUGAGCUCAGCUUCGGCGAGCUGUAUCCGAAGCUGAUCAAUCCGCUCGACGAUGUCACGGCGACGACGGAUGAGCGCUUCUUCAAGUUUCAGUACUUCCUCACGAUCGUCCCCACCGAGUAUUACUCCGAGACAAACGGAAGGAGCCUCCUGACGAAUCAGUAUGCUGUCACCGAGAUGAGCAGGCCCGUCUCCCACUACCGUGUCCCAGGCAUCUUCUUCAAGUACGAUAUCGAGCCGCUGAGUCUCGUGGUCACUGAGCAUCGCACGCCGUUCCUGAGGUUCCUGAUCAGGAUCAUCAAUAUCAUUGGCGGUGUCCUCGUCAGUGGUAAUUGGGUCUACAAGCUGGUGGAUCUGUUUGCCGAGUACUUUAGGAAGAAGAAGAGGAGUAUGGAUGGGAUGAUCAAUGGCAGGCUGGGGGGAUCGCAUAAGGAUUGAGGGGAGGUGAUGGCAGGAGGAGGAGGAGGGGGAGGAGGAGGAGGAGAUACCAUGUAGCAUAUGCGAGGUGUGUACGGAAGGG